CGUGGGAUUUACUAAAGCAUUGGAUAAAAUAUGGCUCUAAAAAAAACUAACGCAACAUGAAACCAUGAUAUGGGCGUCUCAUAUUGCUCUUCUCAGGUCCGCGUCAAUUCUCUUUCUCUCUGUCUUUCUCUGAUUCUCUCCCUUCUCUUGCUCCGAGAAACAUGAAAGAUUCUGACAAGCGAAAAUCCCAGCAGAAAAAUCUCUAUUACAACAAAAAUAUGCUUGAAUGUUUGGCAAUUUUUCAGCUUCAUAAUUGCCUCUUGGAUCAUACUUUUAGCUGAAUUUCUUUCUUCUGAUUAAAAAGGAAAAAUAAAAGAACUUCUAGGCUUUGUGUUGAAUUUCUUUUCUUCCUUAGAGAAGAACACAUUGUGUUUGUUUUUAUGUUAUAGGUGACAAUUUUGAACAGCAUUAUUACAUUCUGAUCAGAUAAUGAGAAGCGUAAUAAGCGAAUGGGGUAGUGGUGAUUUAAGGGGCAAUGGAAUUGAGAAAAGCUUGCUAUGCUUUUGUGUUGGUGAUUCUGCUUUGUGCUUUGAACAUUGGGAGUAAAAUGAGGAGGAGAGAGGAAAUGAUUUACGGCAAUGGCUGUCUUCAGGGAGACAAACAAAUUGUAGAACUGGCAUGCAUCCAUUGCAAGAAAGUAUUGGUGGACAGGAAAGAUUGUUUUGAAGGUUUUGACUUACAUUUGCCUCAGGAAGCAACUACCAACUUGAAAUCAACAUACGUUCAUGAAGCUAUCACUCUCCCAUUCCAACUGAAACAAGAACUUCUGGAUUGCUUGAGGAAGAAGAAUUUAAUCUUUUGUGUUUCUGCCCAAGGGGAUAGCCCCACAAGUUGGUUCAUCCAGUGCUCUGAGUUACUUUUUGGUUGGCCAAGUGCUUCUAGAAGAUAUUUGGAUGGUGAGUCUUAUGGAAAGACAGAACCAAGCUCUUCUAAAUUUGUGGUUCGAGAAUCUGCAGCAGCAUCAGCACUAUCCAAUUCAGCAGCUACCAGUUCUCCAUCGCAAAAUCAGCUGGCUCAUCCAUUCUUUGAAAUGAAGUUAAAUCAACAACAAGAUGUGAAUAAUUUAUCUCCACUAAGGCCACAUGCUCGUAAACUUCGUAAACGUCGGAAGAAACGUAACAUUCAAAAGGAUCUUUUAAUAGCUGUUAUUGCAACUUCAUUAACAACCUUUUGUUUGGUUGCUGCACUCUUCAUAUGCUGGUUAUGUAUGAGGCACAAAAACAAGAAAAUUGCACCUUCAGAUGAAAAAAGAGAUGAGAAGCCUCUCCUCCACUUAAGUGAUUUAUCAGCUAGUCCUUCACAGAAUUCUUCUGCUUUAGAAAAUUCCCAAAGCAAAGUGCAAAGUCCAUGUUCUAAUGGCAAAACGACUACUAAUUUUGAGACCAAUCCACCUGUGAAGAAUGUGAAUCCUGCUUCCUCACUGCUUGAGUUGCCAUCAGUGGAAGUCAAUCCAGGAGGAGCACUUCCUCCUCUAAAACCUCCUCCUGGGAGACCAUUGUCUAUGAAACCAGCAGCUCCUGAAAUUCCAGCUCCUGAAAAACCAACUCCUGAAAAACUAACCCCUGAAAAACCAGCUCCACCAGCUCCUCCACCUAAUGGACCACCAGCACCUCCUCCUCCCUCUGCUGGUCCUCGAGCUCCACCACCGCCUCCUCCAAAAGGCGGUCGUGCUCCACCUGCUCCUCCACCAAAGGGAAAGCCUGUACCUCCCGGACAACGUCGUGGACCUAGUGAUUCCUCUGAUAAAGAUAAUCCUUCGGGUUCAUCUGGACCUUCAAAGACCAGGUUGAAGCCAUUCUUUUGGGAUAAGGUUAUGGCUAGCCCUGAUCAAUCAAUGGUCUGGCAUGAGAUCAGUUCUGGAUCAUUCCAGUUCAAUGAGGAGAUGAUAGAGUCAUUGUUUGGUUAUCAGGCUGCUGUUAGAAGCAAAAGUGAUCGGAAAAAAGAUUCAUCUGAAUCUUCAAUCCAGUAUAUACAGAUAAUUGAUGCCAGGAAAGCACAAAAUUUAUCAAUUCUUCUAAAAGCAUUAAAUGUGACUUCAGUCGAAGUCCUUGAUGCUCUAAGAGAAGGUACUGAACUUCCAGUCGAGCUCGUCCAAACUUUACUGAAGAUGGCACCAACACAAGAAGAGGAAUUGAAACUUAGAUUAUUUGCGGGUGAUCUUAAUCAACUGGGUCCUGCAGAGCGUUUCCUGAAAAUCGUGGUUGAGAUCCCAUUUGCUUUUAAACGAAUGGAGUGUUUGGUGUUCAUGACUUGUUUUCAAGAAGAACUAUCAACACUCAAGGAGUCCUUUUCAAGUCUUGAGGUGGCUUGUGACAAACUCAGAAACAGCAGGUUAUUCCUAAAACUAUUAGAAGCAGUUCUCAAAACUGGUAACCGUAUGAAUGUCGGUACAUACCGCGGUGGUGCGCAGGCCUUUAAGCUUGACACACUCUUGAAACUAUCUGAUGUUAAAGGAGUCGAUGGCAAGACUACACUCUUGCACUUUGUUGUUCAGGAGAUUAUCCGUUCUGAAGGCAUACGUGCUGUCCGCACAGCAAGAGCUAGUCAGAGUAGUCCAGGUGUAAAGUCGGAGGAUUUGAUGGAGGAUUCUAAUCAGGAAUCAGAACACUAUCGCAACCUUGGUCUUAAAGUGGUUUCUGGCUUAAGCACUGAACUAGAAGAUGUAAGGAAGGCAGCAGCUGUAGAUGCUGAUGUCCUAACAUCUACAGUGUCCAAACUUGUGCAAUCUCUGGCAAAAUCUAAGGCAUUUCUAGGUAAUGAGAUGAAGAGUUUGGAUGAAGAUAGUAAAUUCUACCAUACUGUGGCUACUUUUCUGGAUAAUGCAGACUCUGAAGUCUCAUGGGUUUCAAAAGAAGAAAAGAGGAUAAUGGCUCUGGUACAAAACACAGCAGAUUAUUUUCAUGGAAAUGCUGCAAAGAAUGAAGGUUUGCGUUUGUUCACAAUUGUACGUGAUUUCUUAGUGAUGUUAGAUAAGGCAUGUAAGGAUGUCAAAGAUGAUCGAGCAGCAAUGCCUAUGAAAACAACUAAGAAGGAGACUCCAGCAUUGUCAGAUUCGCCUGAAAAUCGCCAGCAAUCUGAUGUUCGUCGCGAGAAAUUGUUUCCUGCUAUUGCAGGAAAGCGAUGUGAUUAUUCCAGUUCAGAUGAUGAGAGCCCAUCUCCUUAGCUUUUAUUCAAAUUGGUGGCUGGCUCAGAUAUGCUGGAGGCUUGAUGACUUUUGUACAUAUUGUGCAGAUAAAUUGUACUUUUUGUGCAGAUAAUUUGCACAUUAACUUUGUAUAUGGCAACAAAUGAGCUUUUCAUUCUUAAAAAUCCUCUAAAUGCUUAAAAUUUGAAGGUUACGUUAUUAUAGAGAGAGGAUUAACUCAGAGGUGAUGACUUUGUAUUGGCAUUUUUCUACUAGAAGCCAUAAAGAUUUCUGUUGUACAGUUUCAUAGUCAUCUGAUA